AUGCGCGCCAUAACAUCGUCCAUCAGCUCCCAGCUGCUCGAGUCGCUAACUCUUGGCCGCUUUGUCUGUGUAGCCUUCGUCUUCACGAUCACCUCUUUUAUCAUCGACUUUACAUGGAAGCCUCGAUACCCCAAGUCGCUACCCCGCGUCGGGAACGGCGACGGCAUCUUGGGCACCGUCAGGAACUGGUUCGGCUACAUAAUGCACUUCAACGAGUGGGUUGACGAGGGCUACGAGAAGGUCAGCACGCUCGCAUAUUCUGCCCCUGAUACCACGCUUUUGACUCAAGGCACUCGACUUACAACAGCGCAGUAUUCGAAAAAGAACCGUGCCUUCGUUGUCCCCUCUGCUCCGAGCCGCCCCGACGAGAUCGUGGUCCCCCGCUCGCAGACUGCCUGGCUCCUCGAGUUUCCCGACCGCAUCGUGUCCACAAAGGAGUCGCACAGGGAUUUGCUAUACAACGACUACCAAUUCUUUGGCGUCGACGACCAGUUCCCCAUCAUAACUAUGCACAAGCACCUGGCAAGAAACUUGGUGGGUCUUAUUCCCGGCGUCCAGGACGAGGCCAGCGGCGCCAUCGAUGCCACCUUCGGGACCGACACAGAGAACUGGAGGUCGCUUAAUCUGUGGGAAGCUUGGCUCGGCAUCGUCCCCAGGGUCACCAACCGCAUACUAGUCGGCGAAGUGACAUGCAAGAAUCAGGAGUUCCUCAAGAACCACGUCGCCUUUGCCGACGACGUGGUGCGGAACAGCUUCAUCCUCAACAUGUUCCCCAAGAUUCUGCAGCCUUUCGUCGCUCCCCUUAUAGUUCUGCCGAACCGGUGGCACUGGUACAAGACAUACCGAGAGGUGAGGCCCCUCGUCGAACAACGCCUGCACGAUAUGGAGCGAAAGCUCGCCGGCGACCCCAAGUACGACGAGUGGGAGCCGGAGGAGGACCUCGUCACGUGGCUGAUCCGCCAGGCUCAUGCCGAUGGACGGGUCGAGGAGCUAAAUGCUUCCAUGAUUUCCAAGCGCCUGCUGCCAGUCGAGUUUGCCGCCAUCCAUACGACCGUCAUCACGGGCCACGGGAUUCUGCUGGACCUCCUCUCCGCAGACCCAGCCAAGGGGUAUCUGGACGCCCUUCGGGAAGAGACGAGCCGCGAGCUUGGGGCCGAGGGAGGCUGCUGGUCUAAGAAUGCCCUGUCACGGCUUCACCGGACAGACAGUGCCAUCCGCGAAAGCAUGCGCGUUAGCCACUUUGCCACAGGCUUGACCCACCGCAAAGUCAUCGCCAAGGAGGGUAUCACGAACAAGGUCGAGGGCUGGCACGCCCCGCGCGGCUCGUACCUGAUGCUAGACUUGGCCGGGACGCACCACGACGCCGACUUGUACGAGAACCCUGAUGUUUACGACCCCUUCCGCUUCUCGCGAGAACGUGAGGAGUACAAGGCGCGCCCGCAGGACCAGAAAGACCCGGCCGAAGCGCUCCGCGUGCAGAGGCUGGGCAUGGUGACAACGAGCGACGAGUUCCUGGCUUUUAGCCACGGGAGACAUGCCUGCCCUGGACGGUUUUUUGUCGCCCAUGAGCUCAAACUGAUCUUGGCAUACCUCCUCGAAAACUACGAAAUCAAGCCACUGGCCGAAAGACCAAAGCCGUUGUGGAUUGGCCAAACCAUCAUUCCCCCAAUUGACGUCAAAAUUGAGAUAAGAAGGCGCAAGGGCACGGUUUGA